CGCUUUCACCAAGUCUUCGUUGAACAUCGUUUUCCGCACGUCUUGUCCCUUUCAUCCUAUCGCUUUCCUCAAGUCUCCGUUGAACGUCGCUUUCCGCAUGUCAUUGUCGUGGGGCUCGGGCUCGACUUGGUCGGCCGAGCCGAGCAGGGAGGACGAGCGGAGCGCAGAGCCGGGCAGGAAGGACGAGCAGAGCGCAGAGCCGGCAGGAAGGACGAGCGGAGUGCAGAGCCGGGCAGGAAGGACGAGCGGAGCGCAGGGCUGGGCAGAAACGUCCAAGCCCGAUCCUUUGGAAAUUUAUGCUGAUGUCAGCCCUAGGCUGGUGUGGGGUUAUUCCCCAUCAGAAGCCCCCCACUCUCCGGGUUCCAUGGCACCUAGCAGUGGAGCGCGUGAGAGUAGAAAGCACCGUGCCGAGCACGGGCUCGUGCUCGGCAGUCAGGGUUCCGUACCCCAGGGCGGCCAAGCGGAGCAGCCAGGUUCCCCAUCCAUUGAGGAAAUCGCGGCCGUAGAGGUGCCCGGGGAAACUAAGCCCCGCCUUCAGAAGCGCACAUUGCUCGUGGACUCGCUCAUCCGCGAGUGCAAUUGCGACUUGUCGAGUGACGAGUUCCUCAAGGCGAUGCGCUACGCCGGCCCCCUCGUGACCGUUCGUCGCCCAACUCCGGAGGAGUCGGUCUUCGACGCUCCUCCGGGCUACUUCGCCAUCCAUCUCAAGUCCCUUGAGAGCGGCUUCCGCUUCCCCUUGGAGUCUUUGGUCACCGACUUUUUCAAGUACUUUGACUUCCUCCCGUGUCAAUUGGUGCCGAACUCGCACCGGUACUUGGCGGGGUUCUUGAUCCGUUGUCGGGAGAUGGGCGUGUGGGCCGACCUUGAGCGCCUACUGACCUUGUUCCGAGUGGCGAAGUCUUCCGGGUCGGAUGGGGGUUCUUUUGCCGCCCUCUGCCAGCGGCAAGAGAGACUUUUUAGAACGAAGAAGGAAUCCAACAGGACUUGGAAGUCCAAGUUUGUUUUCGUCUCCGUGGGGGCGGCCUCCCCCUUCCGAGACACUCCCCUCAGCUCUUUUCGCAGACGGUCCAAACCCUUUGCCUCUUCCAAGGCUAUUGCUGACACGGACAAGUUGUGUUCGGGCGGCCCUUACGAGCUCGGGGUCUUAGUGAACGACGAAGCUCUCGCCAAGCUCGGGUUCGUCUUCCAUGAUGAAGACGAGCCCAAGCGCCGGGUCGUCCAGAGUCAGCUUGAGGAGGGGCCAUCAGAGGAGCGCCAAGCACGAGUGUUUGACCUUCAUCCGGGAAGAACAUCCGGGUAUGGUCUGCAUUCGGUCUUCCUCCUGCGGAGGAGCGCUGAGCACGGGUGUUCAAGCGAGCUCUUUUCGCAAAAACUUCAUUCCAUUGAGUUCAACCAAAAAGAUUUCUGGUCACUUGUAUAGUUUCGGCCCUCCAAAGUGUACCCCGGUGCCCUAGUGCGGACCAACUUGGCCUUUACUGCAUCGUCCGGGAGGCGCCACCCUUCGAGAAGGCAACUAUGUCGUCCAUCCAAUCUCUCGGCCGAGCACAGAUCAUCGCCACGGGGAAGGCGUGGAUGCUCGG